GGCUGAUUUCUAAAUCGGAAGCCGGUUUGAUAUAAACAAAUCUUGGAGACAUGGCCAAAACGUUUUCUUUAACCGAGGAGAAGUUAGACGACCUUUUCGUGGAGGAGGUCGUCAGUGUGGUGAAACUGGUGGGCCUGCUGCCUGAUAAAGACCACAUUGCGCCAAUAUGCACCCGAUGGCUUAACAUCUUCCAGCAGUCGACGCCGAAGGAACGCUUUUCCAGAAACUAUAUGCUACUGCUCCUUCAUAAACAACUCAAUGAUCAAAAAACUUUGGGCUAUCCAUUUACGUGGCCGGGCAGUUUUCAGAUGGAUUUGCGCACUCUUCACCAAAUGAGCUUAGAAAUGGUUGAUAAAUUGAAUCCUCCAAGCGGCGAGAAUGUUGCAGACUGCAAAUCUGAUGAAAGUUUGAAUGAGGAGGAACUGUCUUCCUUUAGUUCAUGCGAGAAUAUAGAGGAGGCCAACCGUAGGUUGGUCGAGGAAAACGCUGCACUGUCAAAGGAGUCGAAGGAGCUGCAGUGUCUGAUCGAGAAGUUGCAGUUGAAGCGCGCUGAAGGAGAACAUGCCAUUAAAAGGCAAAAUGAGCAGAUUUACAUGCUGGACAAGGAGAAACAAUAUCUGAAGCGAAUUUUUGCCUGCUCCUCAAUCAACGCCCUAAAACAACUCUGCAAUGGAAAUGAUCCGGCAAUGUUUUUUGACACCUUGUACAGUGUUCUCUGCGAAGACGUAUCCGAUCAUCAGCAGGUGAAGCACUUUAACGAGCACUUCAAAACCUUGCUGCAUGCUCACAUGGAUCACUACCGACGUCAGCAGCGUGCUGUUCUGCUAGAGGAGGCAAGCCAAAGUUUCGACAAUCUGAAAGCUAAAGUGAGCAAGAGAUACAAAAGUGUGUUGGGUAUGAAAUUGGAUGCCGAGAGCCAGGGGCUCACCCUCAGUGCCAUGAGAUAUCUGACCGUCCUGCGGAAACUGUUCCUCGCCACCUUUGAGGGCAAACCGACCACCAAGAAGGCAGUGGUCAAGUUCCUACAGCAAAACUACGAGCUUAUGACCGAGAUGUUGUAGGGUAGGAUUU